CACACACACACACACACACACACACACACACACACACACACACUAUCUUUUCUUUUCUUCAGGAAAUCGCACUAUUUGCGGAAGCAGUUUAUCGCAUUCUAGAAAGGCCUAUUUAUAUUGUCUACAGACCGAUAUUGGAUUCUAUGGCAGUACCUUACAGCCGGAUAAAUAAGUUAAAAUUAAUUUUGGUUUAAGAAACACUGAUUGGCGAAAAUGUAUCGCCAAACAGAUUGUUACGCGACAAAAUAGAAUGAUAGGCGCAUGCGUAGUUGUCUGUCAGUGUCGACGUUGUUCCGUACGAAUGGGUUUCUUCGGGGUACUUGCUGAACUUUAGAAAGCCACCAGUCAGCUGUUUUGUAUGACGAAAUGAAAAAUCCAACACUUUCCUCUCUUACGAUGAUGACUACCGGAGUGGCUACGCUAGGGUCGUCAGUACAAACACCAUUAAGUUUCGUUACCGUACCUUCUAUUCCGAAACCAUUCUCAUGCUAUGUGUUGCGACACAGGCGAAUCCGUCUCCAUUCGGGUUUCGCUCGGCAUGUGAUGCCUGGCUAUAGCUAUACUCGCUGCUCGUGGGUGGCUGAGGAUUCCCGAACACUGUCAGCAUUUCAUCGCCUCGUGCUUCCGGAAAUAAGACAAUCGAAUUCCGCAGUCUGCAAAGUUCUGACCCGGAUUGUGACAUUUGCGUUUGCGUUCAGGCUGAACAUUAUACAGGUUUUGCUUAGUUUGUAUGUUGUCGAGUAUAUAAAUUCAUAGCAUUUUUCAUCCUCAUCGGGAAUGAUUGUUCAAGAAACAUAAAUGAAGAGUGUCCUCAACAAUGCGUAAAAAAAGUUUUCCUACAAGUGGUCUAAGAAACUGUCCAGGGUGCCGCAAAGUCAGAUAAUAGGUUAAAAUAUGAGGUGUCCGACUUUACGUGAUCGCCACUGUAGAAUCAAUACCGAAUAAGGAAAAAACUGCAGGCAAAAGAAGUAACCAAUGAUCAUCCAAAUAAAUUUGUAAAAUCGUUUUGUUCAACAAUUUAAGCACCCGAAAAACUAGAAAGUACCUGCCUAGCUAUCGGGCUAUACAACGACAGUACCACGGCCAUAAUAAACAACUUCAAUCAUUUAAUGAUCGAAAACCACGUUUCCAUUUAAUCUAAUCGAAAAUCGAAAUACAUACAUAAUGGAACGGAAGCUAUUGUAUGCAUUUCGCGGAUGGAUUGCCUUUGUGGCCUUCAUGGAUUUAGGUACGGCCUUCCGGUGUUACAUAGAGCGACGGAGUUUUCUAGGAGAUCAUUCUGAAACGCAGUUUAUAGAAGGAGACUAUACAAUUUCUAGGAUACUGGGAAUAUAUUGUGUAUUGAAAGCAGUCGCAUUGGUUCAUUGUACGCUGUACAUACAUUACAAACCAGUUGUUAGUAUGGGAGGCUGCUCAUUAGCAAUUACAAUGAUGCUAUACAUAACGGAGGCCUUGUAUUUCCGCUCAACUACGUUAAACUUCUACGUUAUAUUUCCUUGCGUUUUGAAUUCGAUAACACUUAUAGGUCUAUUAUAUAUUCCACGUAAAUUGCGACUCUGGGAGCAUCGAAUUGCUUCCGAAAAUGAUGACGAAAAUUCGCAACUGUUGAAGCAAAUGGGAGGAUUCAAAAAAAGACGAGCGCAUAAAAAUAAAACACCAUGAACAGUGUGAAUAGCAUAAUGUGAGGUGUUUUUCUAUUAUCAUUAUUUUCAAAUAGUAUCUCAACCCACCUGUUCUUAUAUAUUUUGGCACCCUCAAGACAUGUUUUCAUGAGUAAGAGUCGACUAUGUUGUAUUACAAAAGUAAAUCGAAACGGUAAUCCCAACGUCCCAACAGAUAACCAUAUCGAUGGUAUAUUCAUUAAAAAAAAUCUCAAAAUUUUACACGAUUGAAUAUGUUUUCAAACAAUUAUUUAAAACACAAAUAAACAGCCUCACAAUCUUGCCUAUACUUGACAAAAUUAUAUUUCUGUUUCCGAAGAGUGUCCAUAUCAAUUUUACUCGAACCUUUUUUCCUUCUUCAAAAAGUUAUAUGUAAGAAAUUUAUACGCCUUGUGCACCAAUUGCAACAUGCUAUAUAUUUCAUGUUAGCUAACACAAGAAAAUCAAAUCUUCGUAAUGAUAGAAGGAAUAGCAUACAAAUAACCAUUUCAUAAUAAUUUUCUACGCCUUCCAAUUAUUGGGUAAAAAGGAAAAGAAAGAUAUUUCAUAUAUGACGAUUUGCUAAAACCACGAAACAAUUAAGACGAAGGCUUGAUGACAAUGUUCAUUCAAGAAAAUUCAGGGGUAUUAAAUUAGUAGAAGCAGAUGGACUUUACAACAACACAUUGUGAAUGCAACUAAGCUUUAAACAUUUAUAACACGAAUUCUAACGCAUGUCACGUGCCGUAAAUAAUAGUAUCACAUAAUUUAGGGUAAAAGAAAACAUUACCCCUUGGUUGCCUUACUAAGCGCCUCAAAAUAUGUAAUUUAAUUAUUUAUCACAUUGGUUUGGCUAGUUCAGUUUAAACGUUCAUUGAAAAAAAAUGAAGAACAAUUGUUGGAAUUACUCUUUCAAAUUGAUUUUCCAAACAUUUAACAAGAAUAGCAACAAGUAAUGUUUUUAAGCACUCCAGUUCCUAGCUCCGAUCCAGUAUUGAAUCAGCCAAGGGGUAAAAUUUACCUUAAUCGAAUAUUUAGUUCGUGGUCUAGCUUUCAACGAAGAAAGUAAAAAAAAAAAACUAUUUGACAUCCUGAAACCAUACACGAAUCAUGAAAUAAACUUAAAUCAGCAAACUAGUUCGUGAUAGCAACACAAAGUAGACUGCAGAAAUUGCUACAAAGACUACUCCGCUUCAUUGAACAUUACAAAACGACCAGUUACUCUAAGAAUUGCACUUGGAACCUCUCUGCCAACAACUCUUGCUAAACUUGUAAACAGAACAAUGUAAAUAAUUUUCUACAUUGCCAAAGCUUACAUCUUACAGAUGGUGUUGUCUUAUUAUGCACAACUUUAUGCAAAUUGUACAUUUUGAAUCAAUUCUACAGCAAAUGAAUCUUAAUGACACCAUCGGUGUAUUUUGCCUAGAAUCUAAUAAAAAGAGCAUAGACCUUUAAAAUGCAUUAGUCGACAUUUAUAUUAUUAAGUAGUAUUUUACCACAUUUCAAUCCAUAUAAUUACCGUCAAUGAUUAUUGACAAUCGGACCACCAGCAGAGUCGUUUUUACCUGUAGUCAAAUAUCAAUCUCACAAGAUUCACUGGUAUGGGUUUAAUUCUAGAAUGCCUAUAAUUCUUAUUAAACGAAAUAUAUGUUAUACUAUAGACGCAAAAACUUGUUAUAGGUCAUAUCGCAUUCUGACUAAGAGUGAAUAAAUUACAAGCAAUAAAAGCGUUCAACUACGCCAAACAAACAAAUUUUAUAAAAUAAAUCUCGACAUCAAGUGAACCUAAUGGAAAACGGCAAUAGAAAUAAAUAGGAAAUAGAACAUGCAUCAUACAAUAUAAACAUAUCUUGUGCAUUUUUUAGCUAUACCGGCAGUUUGUUUUGGAUAGCUGGCAUAAACGGAUUGUGGUAAGUUUGGUUUGUUUUAGAUAGCUCGUAUAAACGGAAAUAACGGUAAGUGGUUUAUUGAAUCUUUCAAGUGAUGUAUCUGGUUUCCUUUUAAUAUUUAAAACAUUAAAAAAUAUGUAAAUCAUCUGCAUGACACUUGUAACAAUCAAUGGAUUGAUGUGUUGGGUGCUGCGCUGCUUCGUUGCGCAUACGUUAAUGAAAGUAUUAGUGAUGAGAAUAGUUCCGAAAAUCGAGGAACGGAACGAACCUGCCGAUCUGGUGAAAAAGAACGGAACGCGGAACGCAGGUUCAAGAUGAUCUACCAUGGUUACGCUUUU